AUGCCACAGAAGAGCGUGAUCCGAAUUACACCGCAGGAGCUGGCCUUCAAAGGUCCCUUCACAGAUGUAGUUGUCUGCCCAAUGAAAUUAACCAACACAGCCGAUCGCCAGGUCUGCUUCAAAGUGAAGACGACAGCUCCAAAACAGUACUGUGUUCGUCCAAACUCGGGUUUCAUUGAGGCUGGUGAAACAGUUGAAGUAUCUGUUAUGCUUCAGCCGUUCGAAGCCACCAAUACAGAAGCAUUUGAAAAGCACAAAUUUAUGGUGCAGAGCGCCUUCACGCCACCUGGAGACCAUACAAUAGAUGAUGUUUGGAAAAAUUUGACAAGCGCUGACCUUAUGGAUAUCAAAUUGCGUGUUGUAUUUGAACAUCCUGCUGCUGAGGUGGAUUCUGCGGGCGACAAAACGCCUCCCCCUCCACGAAUGCCAUCACCAGCGAAGCCAAAUGCCGCAGCACACGCCUUAGUAUUUACUUUUUUUUUUGCUUUUAGUACCAUUUUUUCUUUUUAUGUAGUUGAUGUGUAUUUUCUUUGA